CUUGUCCCCACUGCUGUUGUGGCCAUUUGCUGCUGAAAUCUUCAUCUGUUGCUGAAAUGUGCCCCCCUUCCCAGAGCCUUGGUUUCUGGCUUUGCUGGAAUAAGCUGUGAUUUCUUGUUUUUUGAUUUGGGUUUGUUUUUUGUUUUAUUUUGUUUUUGUCAGCCUGUUCUCUACGUCCCUCUGAUGGAAGUUUUCCUGUCAUGCUGCCAUUUAAUGAAGAAGGCUCUCUGUUUCUGGAAGAUAUGUAGAAUUGAAUUAAAUGGAUUAGAAGAAUAACCUAGAAAAUGUAGAUAUUGAGGUUUCUUUUUGAAAUUAUAAUACAGCAAAGCCUGCUUUUUCUUUUGCUUUUUCUUUCCUUUCACUUUUUAUGAUUCAUUCACCUAUAGCAACAUUGAAGUUUCGUCUGUUUUCUCCCAAGUUAGUGGGACAGGCAGUUACUUGUGAAAUCAUACAUCUGGGAUGUUGCAGGAGUGUACCACAGGGAUCAGCGAGUCUCUGAUGUGGUAAGAAGAUCAUGAUUUUGCAGCACUUUCAGACCAUGUUAAAGACUAAGUUGAAUGUCCUAACUCUUCGUAAAGAGCCUCUCCCGACAGUGAUCUUCCAUGAACCAGAAGCCAUUGAGCUGUGCACCACAACUCCCCUCAUGAAGACCCGGACUCACACUGGAUGCAAGGUUACAUAUUUGGGUAAAGUUUCCACAACAGGGAUGCAAUUUUUGUCAGGCUGCACAGAAAAACCAGUCAUUGAAUUGUGGAAGAAGCACACGCUCACCAGGGAGGAUGUUUACCCAGCUAAUGCCCUUCUGGAAAUUCGCCCUUUCCAAGUCUGGCUGCAUCAUCUGGACCUCAAGGGUGAGGCGACAGUGCACAUGGAUACCUUUCAGGUAGCACGUAUAGCCUACUGCACUGCUGACCACAACGUCAGCCCAAACAUCUUUGCUUGGGUCUAUCGGGAGAUCAACGAUGACCUGUCCUACCAGAUGGACUGCCACGCUGUGGAGUGUGAGAGCAAGCUGGAGGCCAAGAAGCUGGCCCAUGCCAUGAUGGAGGCCUUUAAGAAGACUUUUCACAGCAUGAAAAGCGAUGGCCGGAUCCACAGGAACAGCUCAUCGGAGGAAGUGUCUCAUGAAUUUGAAUCUGAUGAUGGCUGACUGAACUCAUUCACAGUUCAGCAGAGGCAGAAAUGGCUUAGGGAAUGAGAGCUGAUAGGUGAAUAAGCAACAAUUGAAACUGGGUAAUGAAAGGACUGCCAAACACUUGUCUGACCAGCUUCUUAAAUCAGAAGAGCAAUUUGGUACCUACAGAUAUGCAUCAUUAAAGUAAUUACGUUGAAUUGAAAUCUGCUGCUGUUGUAAAAGUGAGAAAAAGAUCUCCCUCCCCACCUCUGUCACCCUCCCAUCACUGUCCCUUUCUCAUCUCUGUAGUUCAGGUGCAUACCAUGAAGUGCAGUCAUUCCUGUUUGUCUUAUGAGACUGGUCAGGCAAUUUUAUUAGUUGCUUCUCUGGCAUUCCUAGCUGCAGGCUGAUGCUGAAGCACAAGAGCAAGUAGGCCUGGAAAGCCCUAAUGGUUCCCGAAGAAUCUUUCCCCAUGACACAUCACACAGACCCUUUGACCGUUCGUAGGCUAAGACAGCCAUACACAGCCUUUUUAGACUAAUGGCCUGGCAUUCUGCAGUUAAUUCACAUUUCACAGAUAAAAAAUGAAAGAUGCUUGUAUGUACACAUUAUAUCAUAUGCUAUCCUUUAUUUUAUUCAUUGUACCUAUUUUCUUAAUGUACUGGCUGCCACGUCUUUCACCCAACACCAGUAUUUGCAGUUUCAGACUAUGUACUGCAGGAUACCAAAAAGGGGUGGGCAGAAAUACUCCCUGGUGGCUGGGGGUUCAGCAAGUCAGCCCUGCUGUCUGUGCAUUAUCCCACCCUGAUGUGCUCCACAGGAGGGGGCCCGCUGGGAAGAGUUGAGGGACGCUUGGGUGUGUCAGUGUUAGAACUGUGACUUCUCAUCAACCUCAGGUGUGACGAGAUCCGAGCACGGUGGGCACAGCUCUGUGUUCCCCUUUCCGCAUUGCUGGUCGAGCGACCCUGGUGGGAUGGAGCUGGCAGUGUCUCACCACACAGGGCUGCCUCACUGUAAAGAUCAAAGGAAAUGGUCCCUUAGGAGUCAGGUUUGAACAUCUGUUCUGGUUGAGAACCUCGUGUUAAGAUUCCCUUAUCUUUCCUUGUUCACAGAUAUACAGUCAUGCCUUUCUUAAAUGCAGAUGUUUAAUAAAACUCAAAUAAAGGAAAAACUUGUUUCACUUGAUAUUUUUUAAGGCUGAGAGCAGAUCAGUAGUUUGCAAGUAAUGCUGCUCCUUUGUACAAUUUUGUUUGUAAUUAUGGUAAUGUUAGGGGCACUAGGGCACCUUACAGAAGCCUUAAAAGAAAGCUAAUCCAAGCAGAUAGCUCUGUGUCUGUAUUUUGUGUGUCUGUGUUUGUAUGUGAGAGUGUAUGUGCGAGUCCAGUGGUAAAGCAUGUGGAUUGAGCAUGGAGAUGUAUUGAGGAGGGCCCACACCUCUUGAAAAUAUGCUUAUUGCUUUACAAUGUAUGUAAACUGUUCUCCAGCAUAAAUGCAUUCAUACUUUAAUAAAAAAAAGUUUUGAGUUAAA